UUAUGUAGUAAUUUAGUCUCAAUCAAUUAUAUUAAGUUGUUUUAGAUUAAGAAACUGCGUUAAAGAAAAUUAAUGAAAAUGUUAAUAAAAAGUUAAAUACUAUACUUUUAAUUGGUGACACAGGCUCAGGGAAAAGUUUUAUUUUUAAUUGGAUUAGUGGAGCACAAUUUGAAUAUGAAGAUUUUGAAUUAAAAUUGAAAUCGGGCGGAGAGUAGAAAUUUUCAGCUUAAAGUAACUCUAUGUAAUCUGUUACUUAUAUACCAAAUUUUAAUAAGAUGGAUGAUGAUUAUGUAAUGAUAGAUUUUCCCGGUUUUAAAGAUACAAAAGGAAAAUAUUCUUAAUUAUCAAUUAAAUUAAUGUUUGAUGAAAUUGUAACAAAAACAAAUGUUAAAAUCGUCGUUGUUUUACCAUAAAAUAGUACAAAGUUAGAAGAAAGAGGUGCUCAUAUUUCAGAACUUAUAAAAUCAGCUUUCACAUCAUAGAACACAAAAUUUGAUUCAAUUGGCUUGAUAAUAAAUUAAUUUUAAGAUUAUCCAGAGAAUUAACCAAAAGAUGAAUAAGUAAUUAUUAAAAAGAUCCAAGAACAACUUUAAAAGAAAGCAGAAAAAGACAAAGAUUAGGCUAAUAUCUAUAUGGCACUUUCAAAAUAAAUAAUCGUAAUUGAUGAUAUUGAUGAGGAAAAUAUAAAUUCUGUUCUUUCAGAUAGUUCCAGAGACUCUGUGAUUGCUAGACUUAAAACUAUUUAAGCUAUUUCAUAUAAACCAGAUUAUUAAGAUGAGAAUUAAGUUGUUGGCUCAUAUAUUACUUAAGAAAUAAAAAAAUCAAUUCAAUCUUAUUCUAAGAUGCUAUAAAAAAAGAAAGAGGAUGCAAAAUCAAAUGGAUUAUAAUAGUGUUUAGAUAGUUUGAAAAGUGAGAUCAAAUAAAUUGAUGAAAUGUCAAAGGAUGAUUGUAAUGCCUAAACAGAAUGGCUUAAAAAACUAAUAUCAUAAUUGGAAUAAAGCAAAGAUAAAAAGGAAUCUUAAGAAAAGUUUUUUUCAAUUUUUCAAUACUUUUUCAAAUACAAAGAAUUUAUUUCUGGUUAUUAAUGCUUUGAAGAAUAAAAAAAGCACCUAAAAAAGAAUAUAAAGUAAUUUAUUAUUGAAUUAGAAGAAGAAUAAAAAAGAAAAAAGGAAAAACAAUAAGAGGAAGAAAAAAGAUUAGCGGAGAUUCAGUCUAAGAAUGAGAGAGAAGAAGAAAAGUUGUAACGUCGAAUUGAGUAAUAAAACUCAUAAUUUGAAAAGAACCUCAUGUCAUAAUAACUGAAAGAAAAAGACAGCAUAUUAAAAUUAAAAGACGAAGAAAUCAAAAAAGCGAAUAAAGAAAUUGAUCUGAAAGUAAAGGAAAAUGAGAGAAUCUAAUAACUUUAAAGUCUAGAAUUUCAAAGUAUUUAAGCAGAGAAAUAGAAAAUAACAGAUGCAAAGUAAUAAUUAGAGAAAGAGGAGAAGCAAAAGGAGGAGAAGAAGAACAAUUUAAGGGCACAAUUAUUUAAUGCAGAAACAAAAAAAAACAAAAAAACUAAAGAGAUGGAAGAUUAUUUAAAUAAAUGUAAGAAUGAUUGGUUUAAACCCAAAGAUUAUGAGAUAGUAAUAAAAGAAUAUUAAGAUGAGAUUUAAAAGUAAGAAGACCUUAUAGAAAGCACAAAAAGUAAAUUAAUAUAUGAAAGCUGACUUUGAGAGUAUUUUAUAUUAUUAGAAUAUUGAAC